CCCAAAGAAAUAUGGUGGCGUCCGUGGUGGAAGUCCGUUUGCUUCAGUAUGGCUUUUAUCACAACAUAGUUUAACACACAUUAUGUAUGUUUCUGAUACUCAUUUGAAAUCGUUUCAUGGUGACAUUAAUUAAUUUUGUUUUUAAAAUAUGUAUUAUAUUUAGGUUUAUAAGAACACUACGUCUUAUAAAUGAUUAGAUAUUAGCCGGUCGGUCCGAAAUAAUUCUCCGAAGGUCGGGCUGGGAUGUGGAAUAUUAUGAAGUAUGUUUGUGCAGAAGGGAUUGUGUACAGGGGACUCUGCGGUCACCGUUAUGCGGAUAAGCGGCGGUCAGUCCGGCUGUGGGUCGGAGGACCUUUCACGCAUCAGAUCCACGCUGUGCACAACUCGGUCCCCUUCAGUCAGACACACGUAGUGACGAGUCCUCCUUGGAGGGUGUUAUUCUUCGGAACAGACAGCUUUGCUGAGGAAUCCCUCAAACACCUGUUUGCCUCAAGUUGUUGUAGACAGAAGGCAGGAAGUGCUGUUGUGAAACUGCUCGAAGUGGUUACCUUGCCGAAGGACCUUCCGGUGAGGAGAUUUGCGCUCCAGAACCAGCUCCGUGUUCACGACUGGCCAAAUGUAAAUGUCCAAGACCGAUUUGAUGUGGGUGUCGUGGUGUCCUUUGGCUGCUUGCUUAGAGAGGACCUGAUCUGUCAGUUUCCAUAUGGAAUCCUGAACAUCCAUCCCAGCCUGCUUCCCAGGUGGCGUGGUCCUGCUCCUGUGUUCCACACAGUCCUCCACGGAGACUCUGUUUCUGGGGUGACCGUCAUGCAGAUCAGACCAAAGAGGUUUGAUGUGGGGCCCAUUCUGAACCAGUGUAUUUACCCAGUUCCGGAAAACGCUACAGCUGAAGAGCUUGGAGAGACUUUGGCUACCAUGGGAGCCAAGCUGUUAAUUGACACUCUACAGAAUUUGCCGGAAUGUGUUGCAAACAGAAGAGAGCAGCCGAGUAAUGGAGUGACAUCAGCUCCCAAAAUUAGCACGUCCAUGAGCUGGAUCGUGUGGGAGGAGCACACGUGUGACCAGAUCGACCGUCUUUUUCGAGCGAUCGGCUCACGGAUCCCCCUACGAACCCUCUGGAUGGGAGAGCCCAUCAAGCUUUUGGAUUUCGUUGGAAAGUUCCAUACAUCACUUUCAGGUGCAGAGGCAGAAACUCCAGGAACCGUCCGUUACGACAGGGAGUCGGACUCGCUGCUGGUCAGCUGCAAGGACGGCCGGGUAGCAUUCAGGGCCGUCAUGCUGAAGAAAAGACUUUCGGCCUUGGACUUCUACAACGGCUACCUGCACCCGUUCUUCCUGAAGAAGCUUCCUCGGCAGCAGAAGAAGUGCGUCUUUGGGAGCUACAAGACGAAGGAGAGCGACACCCCUCUGGGCAGGGAGGCUGCACACAAAGUCCAGAAUGUGUGACAGUACGGAGAACCUUAGAGUGUCGUCUGGUACACCGAAGCGGCAGUGUUCUGUUUGUCUGUUUUAAGACAAGUGUAGAUAAACGGCAGAUUAUA